AUGCAGAGAGAACACCGGGAAUCCCAAAAUGAGCAGCGCAUUUUUAUGCAAAAUGUGACUGCCCAACUUCAAAAUGUUGGUUGGGCAGGACCAAUAAUAUCACCCCGGGUGCACAAAGUCCCAAAUCCCACAGCUAAUACCAUUCUUAUCAUUCCUCCUUUUGGGCCGGUUGCAAAUGAAGUUCCUACAGUGCAAGUGAACCAAAAUCCACCUCCCCCUCCUCUGGCUGCCUUACCAGUCAGAAAUGUGAUACGAGACCUCGAAAGAAUUUUUAAGGUGCUACCAUAUAGUGAUCUCGAGAAGAUUCGAUGUGCUACCUUUCAACUCCGAGGUGACGCUGAUGUAUGGUGGCAUUCCUCGAAGGAUCUUUUCUGGGUCAAAUAUCCCAAUGCAACUUGGGCUCAAUUUAAGGAAGCUUUUCUUGAGAACUACUUUCCAAGAAAUUUCCGAGAAAAGAAGGAAAUUGAAUUCAUGAGCCUCAGUCAGGGAUCUAAGUUGGUCCUUGAAUAUCAGCAAAUCUUUGAGGAGUAUUUCUACUUUGCUUCGACUCACUUGAAGACUGAGGAUGUGAAGGUAAGAAGGUUUGAAGGAGGGCUUAGAGCCAGUUUGAGCACUUCGGUGGUACUACACAAGUACCCCACCUAUGCUAAAGUGGUUGAAGCUGCCAAGAUGAUAGAAGACCAGCAGAGAGAGAAUUAUCAAGCUAUACAGGCAAGCAAGAGGCCAAUGCCAUCUCAUGACUCUAAGGGACCUAACAAGUUCCAGAGGAGAGGGCCUUAUACUAAUGCAGCCCCAAUUCAGUCCCGCAGACCUGAUGCAGCUCAAGCGCCUAAAGCUAUACCUGCAUCUCAUUAUGGGGCUCAGACUCUUAUUUGUUAUAACUACAAGGAGUCUGGCUAUAUGGUCAAGGAUUGUCCACAACCAUGA